CUGCGGCCUUUCCCCGCGUCCUACGCCCGCCACGACUGCAAGGACUUCGAGGCCCUGCUUGCAGAUGCCAGCAAGUUACCCAACCUGAAAGAGCUUCUCCAGUCCUCUGAAGAUAAAGACAGACGGGCCUGGGACCUGCUGAGCUGGAUUUUAUCCUCUAAGGUCCUGACAGUCCACAGUGCAGGGAAGUCAGAGUUUGAAAAGAUCCAAAAGCUGACUGGUGCCCCUCACACUCCUGUCCCUGUGCCGGACUUCCUAUUUGAAAUCGAGUACUCGGACCCAGCGAAUGCCAAAUUUUAUGAGACCAAAGGAGAACGAGACCUAAUCUACGCCUUCCAUGGGAGCCGCCUAGAAAACUUCCAUUCCAUCAUCCACAAUGGCCUGCACUGCCACCUGAACAAGACAUCCUUGUUCGGGGAAGGGACCUACCUCACCAGUGACUUGAGCCUGGCCCUCAUUUAUAGCCCCCAUGGCUAUGGGUGGCAGCGGAGCCUCCUUGGCCCCAUCCUCAGCUGCGUGGCUGUGUGUGAGGUCAUAGACCAUCCAGAUGUCAAGUGCCAAACCAAGAAGAAAGAUUCCAAGGAGAUAGAUCGCAGGAGAGCGAGAAUCAAGCACAGUGAAGGGGGAGACAUCCCUCCAAAGUACUUUGUGGUCACCAACAACCAGCUCCUGCGAGUGAAGUACCUGCUGGUGUACUCACAGAAGCAGGCCAAGAGCAGGGCUUCAAGCCAGCUGUCCUGGUUUUCCAGCCAUUGGUUUACGGUCAUGAUAUUCCUGUACCUGCUGCUGCUGCUCAUAAACCCAGAUGCCACACUGUGGGGAUGCCCUGGCAACAUAGGGAGGCCACAUGUAGGUGUUCCAGCCAAAAGCCCCACUGAAAACCUAGCCUACAGCCAGCAUCAACUGCCAGACAUGCACUGAGGAAGGCUUGGAGAUGCUUCCAGCCUCAGCUGCCUUCUGACUGCAACCAUAUGAGAGACCCUGAGCAAGAAUUACCUAGCUGAGCCCAGUUACUCCUACAACUGUGAGAGACAAAAAUAAAUUUGUCAUUAUUAUAUAA